AUGAUCUGUGAGCCUUGGAGGCUGCUCUACCAACACCAGCAGCAGCAGCUCCCAGAGCUCUCAGCCCAAAGACAGCAAGUCCCCUUCCAGGGCGGGGACUUUGACGGCUUCUCCACCUUCGAUGUCCCCAUCUUCACGGAGGAGUUCUUGGACCAGAACAAAGCCAGGGAAGCGGAGCUCCGACGGCUCAGGAAGAUGAACGUGGCCUUCGAGGAGCAGAAUGCAGUCCUGCAGAGGCACACCCAGAGCAUGAGCAGUGCCCGGGAGCGGCUGGAGCAGGAGGUGGCCCGGGAGGAGCGCCGUACCCUGGCCCUGCAGCAGCAGCUGCGCGCAGUCCGCCAGGCGCUCACCGCCAGCUUUGCUUCCCUGCCGGUGCCUGGUACCGGGGAAACCCCCACACUCAGCACCCUGGACUUCUACAUGGCCAAGCUGCACGGGGUCAUUGAGCGGGACCCCUUGCAGCAUGAGAAGCUCAUCGUGCGCAUCAAGGAGAUCCUGUCUCGGAUAGCCAGCGAGCACUUGUGAGGAGUGGUCGGAGGAAGGGCCAGCGCGGAUCCCUACAGUCCUGGGGAAGAAUUGGUUCCAGCAGCCUCGCCCCCACCCCUCUGUCUCCCAGCUCACUGGGCGGGGCUCGGGCCUCCUCGCCCCUCCUCCAGGACCCGCCCAGCGCCCAGGGGCCAGGCGUGUGACUGCCCGCAUCCAGCAAGCUCGCAGAGAGACCCGGGAGCUGCACCCCCUGAGCGGUGGGGGCCCCCCCCCCGGCCCUGGACCCUCUCCUGGGCUUCCUCUCUCUUCCACUUCCUGACCCACCUCUCCCUCUCUCUCCCGGAGCGGGAGACUGAGACUCGGCCUCUCGGGCCUGGCCUUUCCAGACUUGGCUCCGGGCGAUCUACAAAAUCCAAGCUUUUCCCGGGACUCCUCCGUCCCGUGCCUCUUCCCGCUCCUCUCGCCUUGCCCCAACUCCCUCCCCAUACCGGGAGCCGGCAGCCUCCCUACACAGCCUAGAAGCGGCAGCUGUGACCAUCGCAAUCACCUUUUUAAAUAAAAGCCGACUCAGCCCAAA